CACAGCUGUUGUACUCCAGUUUCUCUGAGGAGGAUGUAUGAGCUGGAUGGAGGGGAUGACCGGCCGCUCGGACUCCUAAAAGCACCUCAGACAAGCUCAAAACAUCUCAAAUAAACUUCUCUUGCACAUCCAGGGUCUCUCCAUUGUUUGGUCCGCGGAUGGAUUCCAGGCUCCAUAUCRGACCGGUGGUUCCGACACCGGACCCGACCGGCAGCGCGUCUUGGAAUAUCAGCUCCAUCAACCCGCACCGGCUCAUGGAGGUGUCUCCGGCGGCUCCAGCUAACCAGGAUGCCAUCGUCCCGGCCCACGCGUUUCCGACGGUAAACGUCCCGGCUCACGCCCACUACACCAUCGGCGUUGUCAUCCUGGCUGUGGGCAUCACAGGCAUGCUGGGAAACUUCCUGGUCAUUUACGCUUUCAGCAGAAGUCGGAGUCUUCGGACGCCGUCCAACAUCUUCAUCAUCAACCUGGCGGUCACAGACUUCCUGAUGUGUCUGACCCAGACGCCCAUCUUCUUCAUCACCAGCAUGCAUAAACACUGGAUCUUUGGGAAAAAAGGGUGCGAACUGUACGCUUUCUGUGGCGCGCUGUUUGGCAUCUGCAGCAUGAUGACACUGAUGGUGAUCGCAGUGGACCGAUACGUUGUCAUCACCCGACCGCUGGCCUCUCUGGGAGUCAUGUCUCACAGAAAAGCUCUCUGCUUCGUGGCCGUGGCCUGGAUCUACUCCAUGGGCUGGAGCCUUCCCCCGUUCUUCGGCUGGAGUGCCUACGUCCCUGAGGGUCUGAUGACUUCCUGCUCUUGGGACUACAUGACCUUUACCCCUUCGGUGCGCUCCUACACCAUGUUGCUCUUUACAUUUGUUUUCUUCAUCCCUCUCUUCAUCAUCAUCUUCUGCUACUGCGGCAUCUUCAGAGCCAUCCGCCACACAACACGAGCGAUAACAAAGAUCAACUGUGAGGGAAGAAGAGACUCUGCAAAGAGGUUCCAUAAAAUGAGGAGUGAAUGGAAAAUGGCUAAAAUCGCCCUAAUCGUCAUUUUGCUGUUUGUCAUCUCCUGGGCUCCGUACUCCUGUGCAGCCCUCACUGCAUUUGCCGGRUACGCCGACUUACUGACUCCUUACAUGAAUUCAGUUCCUGCUGUGAUCGCCAAAGCUUCAGCCAUUCACAACCCCAUCAUCUACGCCAUCACGCAUCCGAAAUACAGAUCGGCCAUAAGCAGAUACGUACCAUAUCUGGGCAUGUUGCUGUGCAUCAGCGGCAGGGACCGCUACAGCAGCAGCAGCUUGCAGUCCACACGCCGAUCAACGCUAACCAGCCAAUCGGAGUGCAAAGGCACCGGCAGGCACCACACCUCGUCCCAGUCCGAGAGCGAAUCAGCGCACUUCUCGGACACCGAGGAGGACUGCUCGUCUCAGACUCCUGCCGGUCGUCACUUGUCCGCUGACGUCAAACAGGUGCGCCAUGCCAGCCAGAGAUCAAAGGUGAGUGGUCACAGCGCAGGAGCGUUUGAGAGAACCGCUGCCCUCCACCCCACUGACCCGGCCAUUUGUCACCUUUCGCAGCUCACCACUCUGACGGAGCCUGAAGACAUCUGCAUGCUGGAGAUCAGCCGGCAGCCAAGCAGCCAUCUGCCUGCUACUCUGGAUAGCACGAUGAGGGAGCCSGGACCAAAGACGGUGUCCAAGAACCCGUCGCCCAUCAUCGUCACCUCCAUAUCCACCCCGUCCAUCCUGCACAGUCCACCUGGUUUCCACGGUAGCCUCAAAGUGGCCAGAACCGUCACUCCGGUCAGUAAGGAGCUGCUCGACAUCGCCAGACUGGAGACGACGGCGUUACCGUGAACGUCUUGCAGUAAAGUCUAGUACUGUGUCGCCGUGUCUCCCUUCUGAGGAGUAACCUGUACCAGCAUGCUGUCUGAUCGUUAUGGUUCCCUUUGCAUGCAAUGAAAAUAUGUGAGCCUGAAUUCCCAGAAAGUUUAGGUGAUGUGUGUUUGAGCUGCAGGCAUGGGCCGGUUUCCAGUCUUAAUAAAUCAACGCCACGGUUUUCAGAAGUCACUAAACUCGCCGUCUUGCUGUUGAAGCUCUUUAAAGAGACACCAAGGAUCGUCUCGGCGUUUCUUUGUUUGUUUUCUAGGACGUCCGAGCCGCUUUCYCGCCCAGCUGUUGCUGCAACCUUCAGUAUUAAAGUCACUUUUUUAAGAGGCGCUGCAAACAAGGUUUAUGGGCGUCGCCAUGUUGAAUUUCCCACUUCUUAACUAGAACGCCGUUAACUCAGAUAAAUGUCAAAUCCAGGUCCAAAUUCGACUUACAAGGUAACAGAAAUUAGCUGCUAGUCACUCGUCUUAUAGCGGUGAAACAAACAGAUUACCAUCACCUGCUUGGACAGUUUUUACCUUAAAGGUGUCUAAUUUCUUAUAAAAACGUCAGAAAAAAAUACAAAUUAAAGUUUAGUCAAGUUGAUUUUAAGCAAAGUGAUAGUAAACACUCAUUUACARGAAGUAGCUAUAAUCUUUUAAUGGAAAAUGUACAUUAAUAUUUAAUAAAUUAUAAUAAUUUUUAAAUUAAAAUGUU